GGGAGGAGUGCAGGAGGAGGAGUGUGGGUUACACGCAGAACACGUUGUGACCCCUGGUACUCUCCUGUCCGUGCACGCGGUAUCAGCUCCUGUCUGAGCAUGUGUAUCAGCGGAGUCACCCCCUGCUUUACGUAGCGUAGCUAUCAGUGCUAUCAGCACUGAGAAAGUGUCAGGCUCGUUCUGCCUACUGCUGCUGGGAUACUCUGAGCUAAGGAAGGUGAACUGAAGAGAAGGAAAGAUGUCCAGCUUUAGCUAGCUGAGAAUGGCCGGAGACUCUCGAGUCCAGAUGGACCAGGACAUGGAGAUUGGAGUCACCCCCAGAGAGGUUAAAAAGCUUCCCAAACACCUGAGGGAGGCACAGAUCUCCACGGAGCGCACGCACCUCAUCGCCGAGCCGGCCAAGAAGGUGCGCCAGCGCUACGUGCAGAAGGACGGCAAGUGCAACGUCCACCACGGCAACGUCCAGGAGACCUACCGCUACCUGAGCGACCUGUUCACCACGCUGGUGGACCUGCGCUGGCGCUUCAGCUUCCUCAUCUUCACCCUGGUCUACGUGGUCAACUGGCUCUUCUUCGGCCUGCUCUGGUGGCUCAUCGCCCUGAUCAGAGGCGACCUGCUCCACGCCGACGAGGAGGGCUGGACCCCCUGCGUGGAGAACCUCAACAGCUUCGUCUCGGCCUUCCUCUUUUCCAUCGAGACGGAGACCACCAUCGGCUACGGCUACCGCGUCAUCACCGAGAAGUGCCCGGAGGGCAUCGUCCUGCUGCUGGUGCAGGCCAUACUGGGCUCCAUCGUCAAUGCCAUGAUGGUGGGCUGCAUGUUCGUCAAGAUCUCGCAGCCCAAGAAUCGGGCGGAGACGCUCAUGUUCUCCCAUAAGGCAGUGAUCUCGGUGCGGGACAACAAGCUGUGCCUGAUGUUUCGCGUAGGGGACCUACGCAACUCACACAUUGUGGAGGCGUCCAUCAGGGCCAAGCUCAUCCGCUCCCAGCAGACCAAGGAGGGCGAGUUCAUCCCGCUCAACCAGACUGACAUCAACAUCGGCUUUGACACGGGCGACGACCGUCUCUUCCUGGUGUCACCACUCAUCAUCUCACAUGAGAUCAAUGAGAAGAGUCCCUUCUGGGAGAUGUCACAGGCACAGAUGGAGAAGGAGGAGUUUGAGAUCGUGGUAAUCCUGGAGGGGAUGGUGGAAGCCACGGGGAUGACCUGUCAGGCUCGGAGCUCUUACCUGGACACAGAGGUGCUGUGGGGGUAUCGGUUCACCCCAGUGCUCUCCCUGGAGAAGGGCUUCUAUGAGGUGGACUACAACAGCUUCCAUGACAUCUACGAGACUAACACCCCUUCCUGCAGUGCCAAAGAGCUAGCAGCCAGCCUGCGGGAGGGCCAGCUGUUCUCCCAGCUCUCCCCCUUAACUCCCGACACCAAGAACCUCCCCCUGAACCCGCUCUCCUCCCCCCAACUACUCUCUGAGCCCCAGAACAAGAAGGAGGAGGGAGAAGACGAGGAGGGGGAGAGAGGAGAGACUAAUGGCUCGGCUGCCACCUUUGGAAAUCAGCCCUGACACCCGCCAGACAGACAGACAGACGCAUUUACAGACUGAAGGACGAUUACAUAUAUAUUCACAUUGUUUUAAACUGGACAUUUUAAACCUGAGUUUGUUGUCUUGAAUGCAAAGGGAAUUCUUUGGGCUUACUGAGGUAUCUGCCCAGCAGGGCAUUUUAAUUAGCUCUUGUCUUCUGCUUAACGAGCUGUCAGCAUGGCCCCUGAGGGUCUCUGAUGGGGGCAGCUUCUUCACAGCUGGCAUCACAAAAGACCCAGCCAAUCAGCCACCAGCUCUCAUCAUCGGUUAGAUGAGUAUGGUGCUGCAGCGAUGUGCCCUGGGAACUAACGGUCUGUGCACCGACCCAUUGAAGGACACUCGCACCCUGGCUUGUUUGGUCUUACAAAACAGCGGCUGCCUUCCUCUGAUCUAGCUCUAAUGAUGUCAUUGAGGUCCCUCCUCCCUGCUAACCUGGCAACUGAUGAUAUAAUUAAAGCUCUGCCGCUCCUCCUACUUUGUCUCACCUACUCAUUUCCCCACACCCCUAUCAUCAGCUGGAAAACGAAAGAA